AUGGAUUACAAAGACAACUACAAGCCACUUGGGGCUAUUACAACUGUUGACGAGAGUGAUGAUCGCUACAUUGCCCAUAUUAACGAGGAGUUUGAGGUUGGUGACGGUGAUCGCAUACGCCUAAAUGUCUUUCUUCCUCGCUCAGGGGGGCCUAAGUUCCCUGUUCUCAUGACGGCAACCCCUUACGGAAAAGAUGUGUAUGUAGUGCUCGUAUCAUUGACCUCAUUUGCAGCAGAUCUUCCUGAGACCAUGAAGAGCAAUCAUUUGUCGUGGGAGGCACCUGCGCCGAGCUGGUGGUGCCCUCACGGCUACGCAGUUGUUAUAAUGGAUCACCGAGGUUCAGGUGCCUCCAGUGGCGCGUCGAGGCCGUUCAGCACCCAAAAUUGGGAUGAUUACGCCAAAGCCAUCGAGUGGGCUGCAGACCAGCCAUGGUCAAUUGGCAAGAUUGGUCUGACAGGAAUAUCCUACUUGGCCCUUAACCAGUGGCCAACGGCAGCACGCCAACCCCGAGGUCUCGCAUGCAUGGUGCCUUGGGAGGGCUUGGGUGACUAUUACCGGGAGGGAGGCCGCCAUGGCGGUAUCUAUCAUAGUUUCAUGGAUGUCUGGUAUCUCAGGCAGAUUAUGCGAAACCACUAUGGCAACCGGAACAGGUCCAAUGGUAACUGGGGCCCAACGUCACCCGAAGGCAAGCUCGGUGACUCCGAGUUGGAAGAAUUGCACCAGAGGUUUCCAAAGUUCCUCCUUGAAAAUGAAUGGAUCGAUGACGAAUGGUACAAAGAUCACAUGGUUGGUGAAAACUACUCUAGCAUUCAGGUUCCACUGCUCAGUGCAGGCAAUUGGGGCGGAAUUGGUUUGCAUCUCCGAGGUAAUGUCUUGGGCUAUAUGCGAGCGAGUUCUCAGUACAAAUUCCUGCGUAUACACACUGGGCGCCAUGAUCUGCCUUACUACUUUGAACCAUAUAUUACGUAUCAAAAGUCAUUCCUUGACUGCUUUCUCAAGGGGGACGACUAUGACGGCUGGAAGACCGGCAAACAGGCCCCCGUCGCGUUUGCAGUUCGCCGCGGCACACAAUCACCAGGUAGCAUGCAAGGUGAACUGGAAUUCAAGUUCCGUGACGAAAAGGAGUGGCCGCUCGCCCGCACAAAUUAUGAGAAACAUUAUCUUACUGCUAACAAGAUGCUAUCAAAAGAGAAACCCUCUCACCAGCGUAAGUCAAUUACAGACACUCGUAUAGACACUUUCACUAAUUUCCGAUGCAGUGGGGAAGGUAUUCAAUUCAUUACUCCAGUGGCCGAAGAGGAGUAUGAAGUAACAGGGCACGGGCAUGUCCGUCUUGCUGUCUCCUUGACCGAUCAUAAAGGCGAAAGCGAGCCAGACCUUGACGUUUAUGUUGCUCUUCGAAAGAUCAACGCACAAGGGAAUGAGUCUUCGUACAGCUCUAGCCUAGGAAGCCCUACACCUGUAGUGUUUGGCUGGCUUCGCGCUUCACAUCGCACCAUCGACCCAAACCCAUACCCCGACAGUUUCCACCUUCCAGUACCGGUGCCAAGUCACAAAAGGUCUGACAAGAAAGAGGUGAGAAACGGCGAGGUAUACGAUCUGCAGAUUGAGCUUUGGCCUACAAACGUGGUCGUAGAAAAAGGUGAACAUCUGGUGCUUGAGAUUUCGCCCAAGGACCCUGCAGGCGUAGAUCUCUUUGUCUGCCACGACCUAAUUGACAGGGAUGAGAGAAAGCUGUGUGGAAUGAAUAACAUCCAUAUUGGCAAGGACUACGAAAGUUAUGUCGUCUUGCCAAUUGUUUAG